CAGGAGGGGCAUUUAACUUUGAUCAUUAGUCACUUCUAUCAAACAUACCGGGACUAUAACAGGUCCGCAGCUGGAGCGCCUUUCACUCGGCUGCGAUAUCGGUUCGCACAGUAUCGACUAUGCUGGAGAUUUUCUAAAGUUAAAUCAAGACGAGUGAGGAUUCAGAUAGCGCUGUUUAGAUCUGACAUUUUCUCUGAUAACAUGGGCGGAGUGUGCGUGUGCUUUUCAUGGACUUGCAGACUGGUGUGGCCACUUUUUAUUAUGCUGGCUACAGUGCCGUGUAUGAUGUACUGCUCAGAUGUUUCUGCAGCAGCUGUGGGAAAAAUGUAUCCACGCGGCAACCACUGGGCAGUAGGUCAUUUAAUGGGAAAGAAGAGCAUCGAGAGCCAGCCUGAACUGCAGGAGACAAACCACGACAGUGACUACCUCACGUCUUCAGAAACAGCUGGGGUCACUGAGCGUUUGAUUGAGGCUCUAAUGCAACAAAAGAGCCAGAAACAGACGGUGCCACAAACUGCAGACAGGCUGCUUCGGCUGUACAGCAGAUGGAGAGAGGAGGACAGAGACAAAUAUCUCAGAGAGAUGUCAGACCUGCUUCUUCUGGCUUUGAAACUGCAAGACAAUGACUCCACCUGAAUGAAUGCAAGAUGAAUUAAAAUACAAAGUCAUCAGUACCUACUAAACAUUAGCUCUGUAACUACAUAUUCAGACUGUAUAUAUUUUUUUCUGGUAAGAGUAUGCUGGAAACACAUGAGAAGUGUAUUUUAUCAAUGAUUUCUAAUACGCACAU